AUGGAAGCAACCUACGUUAUAGUUGGGGGAGGCAUAGCUGGUAUGUCUUGUGUCGAACAAAUCGCUAUUUUCGAUCCAGAUGCAAAAGUGAUUUUAGUAUCAGCGUCGCCUUUAAUCAAAACUGUUACUAGAAUUACUCCAUUAACGAAAAUGCUGGUGGAAUUUUCAGUCGAAGAGAAACCUUAUCAAGAUCUUUCAUCGAUAUAUCCUUCAUUAUCUAUUAUAAUCGACACGGCUGUUAAUAUCAAUUCUUCCGAUCACAUCCUCACUACCGCUUCCGGAACGAAAAUAAAAUACCAAAAAUUAUGCCUUUGCAGCGGUGCCUCUCCUAAAAUAAUCACUAAUCGAAACGAAUUCGUCAUCGGAAUCCGGGAUACAGAUUCAGCCACAGUAUUACAAAAUAAAGUGAAAACUGCUCGCCGCGUCGUAGUUGUCGGUAACGGCGGAAUAGCCACUGAACUUAUACACGAAAUCCAAGGUGUCGAUAUUAUUUGGGCUGUUAAAGAUAAACAUAUUUCUGCGGCAUUUGUCGAUCCCGGCGCUGCGGAAUUCUUUCAACAUCGUUUACUGAAGAAAGGCGAAGAAGAAGAAACAACCACGAUCAAAACUUUAAAAUACACAGCUGAUUUCAAUAAGAAUACUGAUAAAUUAGGAGCUGCUUUAGGUCCUCAUUGGCACGAUAAUAUUUCUCUUACCAAUGCCGAUCGAAAUACUUCGAAUAUCACCGUAGAAUACGCCGUUGAAGUAAAAUCUGUAGUCGCAAAAGAUAACGACGAAUGGCCUGUUUUUGUCGAAUUAACUAACGGGAAAACGUACGGUUGCGAUUUCAUCGUAUCUGCCACCGGUGUUAUCCCUAAUAGUGAAACUAUCACCGUUGAAGAUGGUAAUUUUGAAAUAGCCGAUGAUAAAGGUAUCAAAGUAAACUCGAAAAUGGAGACGAACAUCAAAGAUAUAUACGCAGCAGGUGAUAUCUGUACAGCCUCGUGGGAUCCAGCCUUUCAUUGGUUGCAAAUGAGACUCUGGACUCAAGCACGUCAGAUGGGAGCUUACAGCGGUAAAUGUAUGGUUGACGCUGUAGCUGGAGAAGAAACCACACAAGAUUUUUGUUUCGAAAUGUUCACCCAUGUUACGAGAUUUUUUGGCUAUAAAGUUAUUCUAUUGGGAUUAUUCAACGGACAAAAAUUAGGCACUGAUUACGAAAUUAUGUUACGUGUAACUAAAGCUAAGGAAUUUAUCAAGUUAGUCAUUAGACAGGGUAAAUUGCAAGGUGCUAUUCUUAUCGGUGAUACAGACUUGGAAGAGAUGUGCGAAAAUUUAAUUUUGAAUCAGCUCGAUGUUUCUCAUCUAGGUGAAGAUUUACUUAAUCCCGAUGUCGAUGUCGAUGAUUAUUUCGAUUAAUGUUCGUAUACUUUUGUAAAUUCUAGCUAUAGGCAUUUUUGUUCAUUUGUUAAUAAAAUUUAAUAAUUUGAA